AUGAUUUUCAGAUUGUGGAUUAAAGAGAAGCCAGAACCACUUAGAUUUAACUUUCGUAUCCCAGAGACCAUUAUAUACAAUAAUGAAGCAUCUCUCGAUAAAUUAAAUAAGUAAUACUCUUAAAUUUAUAUUGACCUCUUAGAAAAAUUCAUCUUUGAAGAAGACAAGUUGCAUUUAGAUCUCUUAGUGGAGUAUAUACCUUCAAGCAAACCUAAAAAUACUGUCAUUAAAUGUUCAUGGACUCCAUCAAUGUGCAUGAUAGAAUCAAGAGAAAAUAAUUGCAAUUAAAACGACGAUAAUUUUUAAAUGAUCCAGAGGGUAGUUACUUAUGAAGGACCACUUGGUCUUUCUAAUUAGCAAAAAGUCAUUUCGAAUUAUACUAUUAAAGAAAUUGAAAAAGCGUGCUUAAUGAUUUAAGAAAAGCUAGCUCAAUCUGAUAUUAUAGUACAGUAAGCAAUCUACUUCUUUAAAAUAAAGAAAAGUAUACUUUACCUUAUUGGAUGCCAGAAUAUUCAUAUUGAGGGAGACUAGCAUAAAAAUAAAGUUUCUUUCGAUAAAUUUGUCUAUUAAUCAGUGCCUGAAGAGUAAAGAUUAGAACUGUUCAAGGAUAUAAAGACAACUAAUCUCGAAAUAGUCACAAAUUAAUAAAUUGUUUAAAAGGAACCCAGCUUUGUAGAUGAGAUUGAACAGAUAAACCAGAUUUAAUGCGUAUUUUGUGAUAAAAAGCUUAAAAAUUAAGUAAAUGAAAACUUUGAAUUCAUUAUCAAGCAAAUUAUGACUUUAUAUGAAUAGUACCUCAAACUUAUAAAUAAAAUCAUCAGUGUCUAUACAGACUUGUUUAAUGAGCAAGAGGAGUCUGAAAGAACCUACUAUUACUCGUUAAAGGAAAAAAUUGAAAAAUCAGACAUUCCUUAUCCAAUAAGGCAAAUAUAUCCAGUAAUUAAUCUACAACAAUAUCAAAAGAAAAUGAGCGAGACAUAAUACUGGAUUUAUGAUAGUGUUUAAACUUGUUAAGGGUGUUACAAGAAGAUUAUUGGAAUAUAGGAAGAAAUCUAAAACAACAAUCUUAUAAAAGCUAAUAUUUCUAACAAAGAUGAAAAUCCAAAGUUUCUAGAAAUUAAGAAAAUUAUAUUGGCUCUUAGUAAUAUUUGGCUAAUUGAUACUAGUAAAACUCAUCUGAUACAUAUUCAAAAUAAUGUGACAACUUAUAAUACGAAUGAAAUAAAGACAAAUGAAUUUGAUUAGAAACUAUCAUAAAAAGCAAUUGAUUUACUACUUACAACUAGAUCUUAGAGGAGUUACCAGUAGAACUAUAAAACUUAGAUUGAUAAUUUUGUAUACUCUACUCCUGUCUCAGCAUAAUUAUAGAACCUUUAGAUUCAAGCAAAUGAAGAGUAAAAACUUCAAUCGUAAUAGCAUUAAUUCGUAUCAAUAGAUCCUGCAGAAAUUUGCAAAUUCAUUGAUCGUAAAAUGGUCCCCACUCCUAGAGCAGAUAUCGUUCGAUAGAAUAUAAGUGCCUAGUCUAAAAGAUUAUUGCUUACUUCCCAAUCACAAAGACCUAAGUCUUAACUUAGCUCGCAUCGAACUCACACAAAUAAAUCGAAUUUUUAGUUGUUCAAGGAAAGUUCUAAGUUACCAGACUUGUAAUAAUAAUCAACAAAGAUUUUGACCGUAUAAAGAAUUAUUGAGCCUCGUGAAACAUUCAGGCAAGACCCAUAAGUGAUUCUAGAUUACCUUAAAAUGAAGCAAGACAAUAUGGAGUCAACAACACUAGCUAUUGGAAAUUCUGUGGUUAAACUUCCUUAAUACACCCCAAGAUUAUAGUUCUCUCAGCACAACAUGGAUUACUUCACUGAAUUCAGUAAUCCAUAUCCUGAUGAUAAGGAGAUUAAGACUGUUAACAAACUUUAUAAAUUCAACCAAGAAAUGAAGUUAAUGAAGCAUCAAAGAUUAACAAUGUAUGAAAAUUUUAGGGAUCAUAUGAAAAAACCUAAAUCUAGCAGAAAUAUUUCAAGAGUCAAAUUACUUAAAACAAUGGUACUCCCACAAAGACCUCUUACUGAUACACUCGAUAACCAUAAAGAAACGAAUGAAGAACAGGAAUACUCAUAAGAAUUCUAAUGA